UCGUGAGCUAUUAAUUAAUUAUUAUUAAUGGCAUUUUCAUUAAUUAACUCAUAUCUCCGUCAAAAAGGCGCAUGGACCCAAACCAACUUGGGGUUUUUCACUACUGACUAUUCCCUACAUGAUGAAAAUAGUCUGAGUCGAAAAGCUUUUAAUCACCUCGAGAGGUUCCCUCGUCAGUCAAACCAAUCUUUCUUUUCACUGACCUUGUCUGAGUUUUGGAUUUCGUUUUACUUUUCAGAAUGUCAUUCAUAACAACAUCUGAAAAUAUUCAUUGUAAACUAUGUACAAAAGGUAAUAUUUUAUGCAAAGGUUGUCAAACGACCUUUUCAAAUAAUCAUUUUCAACGGCUUCAACAAGAAUUAGGUGUACAACUGGAUGAUCUUAGUAAUAUAUGCAAUUCUCUUCACAAUCCACUUCUUUCUUCAACUACAAAUAACAACAAACAACAAACAAAUCUUAUUGAGAAAAUUGAUCAAUGGGAAGAAGAGACAAAACAAAAAAUAACACUAGUGGCCAUAGAAGCACGACAAAAGGUUGAACAGAAUAUAAAUGAAAUACUAGAUAAAAGGAAUAAAGACAUCGGUUUAAUAUCAGAUGAAAUUCGUGAAAUUGAAUACAUAACAAUAUCUACUUUAAAACUUGAUAUUGAAAUAAAAAAAGAAAUUAAUUGGUUAUCAAUGAUUAAAGUUGUUGAAACAAAAGUCAAUUUAAAUCAAUUAGAAACAAUGAAACCACGAACGAUUAUUGAUUUUCAAAGUAAUGGUAAAUGGAAUAUUCUUGGCUGUUCAAAUAAAACAUUUUUACAAUAUAUAAGUGGCUUAAAUCAAUUGCAUUUCUACAAUGAUAAUGGUGAUAAUGAUGAACCGAUUCACUGGUCUAUUAAUGAACAUAUAAAAGAUAUAUGUUGGUCAUCUCAUUUAAACCAAUAUAUUCUUUUAACACCAACUCAACUCUAUACAAUGAAUAAUAGAGAAAUAAAUCAAAGUCACCCAAUACCAUCACAGUCAGAAAGCAAAUUAUUGAGUUGUACGUGUUCCAAUCAAACAUUAUUAUUGAGUUACGAUAGUGGGCAAUACGAAUAG